CGGGCCGGCAGAUCAUCGCCACGCUCGCCGGUCGCCGCCGCCGGCUUCCUUCCCCUCCCGCAACCUCGGCGGCUCGCCUCUCGUGCCAAGCCGUAUGCCAUUCCGUCGACGCCGGCGAGCGCCCCAUGGAUGCGGGCGUCAUCAUCCACGGAAGGGAAGCAUGCCCGCGCCCUUGUACGGGCGGCGGUUUGCGGAUGCCUGCCGGGCGGCGGCUGGUUGGAUGCGACGGGACGACGGGUUUGGCCGCGGUUCCGGUCACAAUCAAGAGGGAUGGUGCCGGGUCUGGAGGAAGUUCCACGUGAUCUACCGUUUCUUCCUGCCUGCCUGCUUGCCGCGGAUGAUUAUUCUCCACACAGUCACCUUCUUUGUGGUGGAUUGCUCUUUUCAGUGGAGUCAGUGCUCGGCCUCGGCAGUCGGCACACCAAGGCAAAUAUUUAUAAUGUGGAAGAGAACUGACAGUUGCCCAAAUUGAGCUUCUGGCAUGAAGAAUUGUUGAAUUUGCGCCUUGUUUUUUUAAAGACGUGGGGCUACUUGCUGUCUUGCUCUCAAGCCACCAACUUCAUCUGCACUCGGUGAAGGAGUUGCAACAUGUAUACUGACAAAGACAUACAUAUUUUUCACAAGAGCUUUGCUCUGGUCCUUCCUUUCUAGUACCAUGAGAUACUAAUAUCUCCACUCAUGCUAUUCACCCCAUGACCAAGCUGGUACCAUGCAAUCGUGACCAUUCAAUCUAUCAUCAUCAACAGUUAGGGUUUUAGUACUGGCUUGAUCGUGAGGUGGGUAGCAUGAGUGAGGAUUUUAGUACCUUACGGUACUGGUCACUCGCAGUACAAAAGGAAGGAUCGGAGCAAAGCUCUUUUCACAAACACUAAGGUAUGUUCUGUAUCUUCAUCAGGAAGUCAAGAGCUCAGUUUUAGCAAGUUGCCUUUCAGGUUGUAUCUUUAGAUUGCACCCCAAUGUUAUCUCUUAUUAGCAUCUACAUUUUUUUUUGAAAUAAUCAUUACCAUCGAUCUUGCUAGAAAAUGGAAAUUGUAAUUGCCUGGAAAAUUUUAAAAAAUGAAGA